AAUAGUGAGUUUUCACUGAUGUCAAACUCUAGGACUGUAGUAGAAAAAAAAACGAUAAACAAAGUUUCCCCAGCUACAGACUCAAAUGAUAAUUAUUAUUGUUGGAUGAUUUAAAGGAAUAUUGUGAGUGUAUUUAAAGGAAUAGAGAGAUAGAUAGAUCAAGAGAGAAAGGUAGGGAGAGAGGGAGGGACAGAGAGUUGAGCAUGGGCGAGAGAGGGUGACUCUUGGGGCCAGAGGGUGAGUUGGAAGGCGUGCCUUGAUCUUUAAAGCGAUCAGCCUUGGCCCAGCAACCUCCUCCCCCCUGGAGCGGAUUUAUCAAGGCAAGUCAUGUGGGGAUCAGGGUCCAAAAUGCACCAUAAUCCUCCGUAGAAGACGGGGGGUGAUGAGGGUGGCAGAGAGCGAGGGAGAGGGAGAGAGAAGAACCAGUUACCGCUUGGCUUGUAAGAAACCAGGGCAGUUACGAGUUGAACAGUAGAAACUGGAGUGUUAAGCACCCUGUUGCUGUGCUGGUUGUUCUCUUGUUGAAUACAGCUCCCAGUGCUUUGCGGUGCUUUUUUGCUCUGUGGCGUACUCCAGCCUCUCUUUCAACAUGGCGCAAGCUAAAGCUGAAACGGCGCCUUCAAACUCAAUCUCGGAGUUUUCAACGAAUGGAGCACUGAUCCACGAGGGAUCGACUUUGGAAAUGGACAAGCCACAGAAUAGUGGUGAGGACGAGGAAGAGGAGGAGGAGGAGGAGGUGGAAUUGGCUGAGGAAGUGGAUGAAGAAAUGAUGAGCGAGGACACGACUGAAGGAGAUCCAAACUCCAUCAAUGGAAUUCCAGCUGCUAUUGGGCCACAAGAAACAGUGAAAGAGUUGGACAAGCCGGCGAAGGAAUCACAGAAGGAGCGUGACAAAGUAGAUGUCGAAACAAAAGCAGGGAGUGUGGGACAAUUGGGUCAAGACAAAGAGACCAGUGCUGAAGAGUCCCCAGAAACACCUGAAAAGGAUCCUCCAGAUCAAACAGGCCUUUCCGCAACAGAACCAGAACCAUCACCACAAUCAGAACCAGCCAGAGAGCCAGAGUUAACACAAGAACUUGAGCCAACACCUGAAGAGACACAGGUGUUGGCUCAAGUACAUUAUACAUUAUGCGAGCAAGAAAAGAGAGUUGAACUGGAGCACCAGUCGCAGGAGGGAUUGCAGGAGAAAGACACGGAGGAGCCACUGGAGCAGGAGGUAGAGGUUGAAAAGCCUGAACCACUUGCAGAUGAACAGAGAAAGGAGGGAGAAGAGGAGAACCAGCCGGUUGGAAUCGAAGAAUCUACAAAUGAGGCAAGUUCUGUGUGCACAGAUACUGAAGUGGUAGAGAAGAAUGGAGAAAAAGUUCAGGAAGAAGAGGAAGUUAUAUUGGAUGUUGUUGAACAUAUAAAAGACAUGCAGGAUGUGGUGCAGGAUAAAGAGUUUAAACGGGCAAAAGAGCAAUCAACUGAAGCCAUUGUUGAACAGUUGGCAAAGGGUGAAUUGGCAGCCGUACCGGAGGGAGAAACACAGCCAACCGGAGUGACCAAUGAUGAGGUGGCACAGGUUGAUGUUGUGCAGCCAGCAGAAACCGAGCUAAUCCCUUCAACAGAGGGGGAAACAAAGACAGGCCCAGAGGCCACAGGACCCACUGGUAAAAAUGACGAAUUUGUGCAAGACCAGGUGGCAGCUACAAAGGAGUCAGAGGAGGAUGAGCCUGACAUGGUUGUUGAGGCAACAGAAAUGGAUGAAAGUCUGGAAAUAGAGGAAAGAGAGGAAGAGGAGAGUAGCCCAGAAACAGACAAAGGAGUGCCCCCACAGCACACUGAUGCUGAGGAACCAGAGGUGCCUGAAACUACUCCAGUACCACACAAGCCACUGCCAGCAUCAGAUGUACCGGAACCAGCGGUGCCUGAAACUACUCCAGUACCAACAGAGCAGCUGGAAACACCAGACGCACAAGAACCAGAGGCACCUAUCUCCACAUCACCACCACCAGAGCAGGAGCCAAACCCUGCCACUGAGUACACAGAGGAUCAUGUAGAAAAGAAAGAAGUAGAAGUUGUGACAGAAGAGAGUGGCAGUACGGGACUUGAGUUACUGGAGGAGGUAGAGAUAUGUUGGGAGGUGGAGGAGGUAGAGCAGGAGGUAACUGUGAAGACGACUGAAAAUGAGCUUGUGGAGAAAGUAGAAUAUGUGGCAACUGCACAGAUUACUAAUGAAGAGCCCGUGGAGAGAGUUGAGCAGGAGGAAAAUAUAAAGACAAAUAAAGAUGAAACCUCGCAGAAAGUAGAGAAGGAAGACACUAUCAAGACAGCAGAGGAAGCGCCUGAGCAAAGAGUAGAGGAGGAAGAAACUAUCAAGACAGCAGAGGAAGUGCCUAAGCAGAGAGUAGAGGAGGAAGAAACUAUCAAGACAGCAGAGGAAGUGCCUAAGCAGAGAGUAGAGGAGGAAGAGACUGUAAAGACAAGCGAAGAAGAAUGUAUGGGAGAGGAAGAGGUGCACACUGACAUCUCAGAGCAACCCCAGUCAGAGCAGCAGCCGUCGGUUACUGAAGAGGAUCAGGCAGGGGCUUUAGCAGAGGGGGCGGUUAGAGAAGUGGAAGAGCCCAAGCAGGCCAGCCCUGAGGAUUUGCCAGCUUCAGUGGAGGGAGGACAGCAGGAGGUGGAAGGGCCUAAAGAGGUUACACGGGAUGAGCCUGCCCCUGCAGAGAGGGCGGCGGAGGAGGGGGGAGGGAGCAGAGAGGAGAUAGAGCAGCCAAUCAGGGUCAUGGCAGGUGAGCAGGCAACUACAGAGGGAGGUGUGGACAAGAAAGAAGAACCAGCGCAGGCCGCUGACAAGCAGCCCACAGUGGAUUUAGAGGAGGUAGGGAGGAGAAAGAUAGAAGAGCUGAAGAGAGCCAUCCUGAAGGCGAAGGGAGAGUCAAGGAGGAGGAGCCAGUUGACGGAGCUGCCACAGGAAGACACUGUGCCCUCGUGGGUGCGUGCGAGACGCAAGUCAGAGGAUCACGAGCAUACGGGCGUCCCAACUGAAGUAAAUAUAACAACCACAGAUUUAGCCACAGCCCCUGCCUCAGCAUCAGCAACAGCUCCAGCUCCAGCUCCACCACCACCACCACCACCAGCAGUGUCAGCACCAGCACCAGUCACUACAACGACAGCCACAGCCUCAUCCAUAACCUCCACUACCACCACUAGCAUCCCCUUCAGAGAGAAGCAGGUCAGGUUUGAGAACGGGUUGCCAAGGCCAGAGAUUGCUGUCCUGACCAUCAGAAGGUCUACCCUGAAGCUGAGACAGGAGGCAAACCAGAACGUGACAGAGAAGGAGAAACACAAGAAGAGGGAGACAGAAGAAGAGAAGGAGGCGCCCAAGAAGACAGUCGGGAUGGAGAGUUCAGCACCACAGGAGGAUGAGCAGGACUUCAGUCCAGAUCCCCAGGACUAUGAGAUCUCCCUCUAUGUCAAGGCAGGCAGUGAUGGUGAGAGUAUUGGAAACUGUCCAUUCUCCCAGAGGCUGUUUAUGAUCCUGUGGCUUAAGGGAGUCAUUUUCAACGUCACCACUGUUGACCUCAAGAGGAAACCAGCUGACCUGCAGGACCUCGCGCCAGGCACUAACCCACCAUUCAUGACCUUCAACGGGGAGGUCAAGGUCGACGUGAACAAAAUCGAGGAGUUCCUGGAGGAGAAGCUCAUACCACCUCGGUACCCUAGACUGGCUGCUAAACACCCAGAGUCCAACACAGCUGGGAUCGACGUCUUUGCCAAGUUCUCUGCCUACAUCAAGAACCCACGCAAAGAUGCCAACAAUGGCCUGGAGAAGGCUCUCCUGAAGUCGCUGAAGCGUCUGGAUGAGUUUUUGCAGACGCCUAUGCCAGAGGAGGUGGAUGCCAACAGCACAGAGGAGGCCGGAGAGUCCACACGCAGCUUCCUGGAUGGGCCUGACCUCACCCUCGCAGACUGCAACCUACUGCCCAAACUACACAUCAUCAAGGUGGUGGCCAAGAAGUACCGCAGCUUUGAGAUCCCGGCCGACAUGACGGGCGUGUGGCGCUACUUGAACCAAGCCUACGAGAGGGAGGAGUUCAUCAACACCUGCCCUGCCGAACGGGAAAUUGAGUUUGCCUAUCUGGAUGUCGCCAAGAAGAUUAAGUAGAUGGAGACAAGAGAAUAUAGAAUAGAGAGUAAAAGCAAAAGAGCUCAGUGCAUUUGUCUUUAACCUGUGUGUGUGUGUGUGUGUGUGUGUGUGUGUGUGUGUG